UAGCAGAACCAACCCAAUUGACCAUUUUCUCUUGUACAAAAUCACUCACACAUAGAAACACAACAAUGGCGUCAAAAACCCUAUCCCGAACCGGAGCGUCGCCGGUGAACCGGUUUUUGUCAAACCCGUUUCUCCGGCAGAUUCGGAACCCGAAUCCGAAUCAGCGGAUCGUAUCUCAGGGCCUCGAUGUCACUCCGAAGCUAUUCCCAUCGCUCUCCAAGUUCGAAAACUCACUCCACUUGCCUCAGUACCAAAACGACGCCGAAUCGAUCCGAAAGGUCGCCUCCGAAGGCUUCGUAUACCCCUCUGGCCUCCCUUCUCUCAGCUUCUACUUGCCAGAAGGUUGCUGGGAAAGGGAGGUGAAGGAGAUAAGAAAUUAGAAAUAUUUGGACUUUUGAAUUAUGGAUUUUCUAUGUAUGUAUGAAUGAAAAUUCUGUUUGGUAUAUGAGGAAAUGUAUGGAUGGAUGGGCUAGCUGUUUGUUAAUGGUCUGUUUGGUUUAUGGUAAAAGUGGUAAGAGAUGCUAAUAAAUUAGGAAUUUGGGGUUUAUAAAUUAUGCACUUUUUAAUC